UUGUGCUUGAACGUUAUGUUAUCUGGGUAUGUUGCUACACCUUGUCUAAUGUGGCGCUCCGGCUCAACGAAUUGUUCAACUAACUAAAUUCAGUCGGCUUUCGGACGCCGGUUUGUACAGCCGUGUGUGUUACUACUUACUAGUAUGAUAUAAUGGCAGGCAGGAUGUUAAAGUUUAUACGUGGGAAGGGGCAACAACCAUCUGCUGAGCGGCAGAAACUACAAAAUGAGCUGUUUGCCUUCAGGAAGACCGUGCAGCACGGGUUCCCACAUAGAGCGUCGGCGCUGGCGUGGGACCCCUUGCUGCGGUUGGCUGCCAUCGGCACAGCGAGCGGCGCCCUCAAGGUAUACGGUCGGCCCGGCGUCGAAUUCUAUGGACAACACUCGAAUCCAGAGACCACAGUCACACAGAUACACUUCAUACCAGGCUCGGGCAGAUUAAUAUCACUGUGCGACGACAACACCCUCCACCUGUGGGAGAUCGAGGAGAAAUCCCUGGUGGAGCUGAAGAGCCACCUGCUCGAGGGGAAGAACAAGAAGAUAUCGUCGAUAUGCGUGGAGGCGUCGGGGAAGAACGUGCUGUUGGGCACGGAGGGGGGGAACGUGUACGUGCUGGAUGCGAGCACCUUCUCCGUGCACGAGGAUGCUAUUUAUCAAGAUGUUGUUAUGCAGAAUUGUCCCGAGGACUUCAAAGUCAACCCGGGUGCGGUGGAGUCAAUAUGUGAGCACCCAAAGUCACCGUCGAAGGUCUUGAUUGGCUACAACAGAGGUCUGGUCGUGCUCUGGGAUAGAGAGAGUGCCACUCCCACCCACACAUUUGUGUCCAAUCAACAGCUGGAGAGCUUGUGUUGGAACGAUGAAGGUGAUCACUUCACUUCUUCCCACAACGACGGCUCGUACGUGACGUGGGAGGUAGCAGGUGCCGCCAGCGAUAGGCCCCUCAAGGAACCGAUCACUCCAUACGGACCUUACCCAUGCAAAGCUAUCACCAAGAUACUGAACAGAACCAGUUUGGACGGUGAUGAGGUCGUUAUAUAUGCAGGUGGCAUGCCAAGAGCGUCGUAUUCAGACAAGUACACAGUAACUGUUCAACAGGGUGAGAAACACGUCGCGUUUGACUUUACCAGCAGAGUAAUAGACUUCUUCACAACGACACAAGUGCCGCCCGACGGCGCCCCUCUACAAGAGGACCGGCCAGCCACUCCUGCGCAGCUCCAAAUGCAGACUGUCAACCAAGUUGCCGCCGCACUGGUUGUGUUAGCAGAAGAAGAGUUGGUGGUGAUAGACCUGUGCGAUCCAAAAUGGCGGCCGCUGCGUCUGCCCUACCUCGUUUCCAUCCACGCCAGCGCCGUCACCACCAUGUACCUGGUGGACAACAUCGCCGAUACCGUCUACGAUAACAUUGUGGCAGCCGGUGAGUGUCGAGACAUAGACCGAGCUUUUUUAUAA